GUGCGCGCGUGCUUCAGUUUCCGUCGAGCUCGAAACGCCGAGAAGAUGAUAGACGUCAAAUUCGAAGAGCACGGCCAGCUCCAGCUGCUGGACCGAGAAGAAGCUGAGGAGGAAUACGAUUGCUUCGAAUCCAUCGACAAACUGAUCUCCCAGGGGAUAAAUGCGGGAGACGUCAAGAAGCUCCAGGACGCGGGGAUCUACACCUGCAACGGCCUCAUGAUGCAGACCAAGAAGAGCUUGACGGGGAUAAAGGGUUUGUCCGAAGCGAAGGUCGAUAAGAUCUGCGAGGCCGCGGAGAAGCUCGUGAACGUGGGCUACGUGACUGGAAGCGAUCUCCUCCUCCGGCGGAAGUCGGUGAUACGAAUCACGACGGGGAGCCAAGCCCUGGACGAACUCCUUGGCGGUGGAAUAGAGACGCUUUCGAUCACGGAGGCUUUCGGAGAAUUCCGAUCAGGAAAGACCCAGCUGGCUCAUACCCUCUGCGUCUCGACACAGCUCCCAAUCCACAUGCACGGCGGGAACGGAAAGGUGGCCUACAUCGACACCGAGGGAACAUUUCGACCGGACCGGAUAGUGCCGAUAGCGGAGAGGUUUGGGAUGGACGCCGGAGCUGUUCUCGACAACAUUAUAUACGCGCGUGCUUACACAUACGAGCAUCAGUACAACUUGCUGUUGGGCUUGGCUGCCAAAAUGUCCGAAGAGCCCUUCCGCCUACUGAUCGUGGAUUCGGUGAUUGCGUUGUUCCGAGUGGACUUCUCCGGAAGAGGAGAGCUUGCAGAACGUCAGCAAAAGUUGGCGCAGAUGCUCUCUCGACUCAUAAAGAUAGCUGAGGAAUUCAAUGUGGCAGUUUACAUGACCAACCAGGUGAUUGCGGAUCCAGGGGGAGGGGUGUUCAUUUCGGAUCCAAAGAAACCGGCAGGAGGGCACGUGCUGGCGCACGCCUCCACCAUCCGGCUGAUGCUGAGGAAAGGGAAGGGCGAGCAGCGCGUGUGCAAGAUCUUCGACGCCCCCAACCUCCCCGAGGCCGAAGCCGUUUUCCAGAUAACUCCAGGUGGCAUCAUGGAUGCGAAGGAUUGAAGCUGGAAGCAAUUUUCAUUCCUCGCUAGCCUUAGAAAUAUAUAAAGGGAUUUAUUAAAAAAUAGUAGGAAAGUUGUUUUUUUUUUUCUUCUUUUGAAGUUCUAGUACAACAGAAGUUUUAUCUGAGAAGCAGGUGGGAACAUACUUGGUUUUUGGUUCAAAUUACUGCUUGGUUCUGUUGCCAUUUGACAGGCAGCAGCAUGGAACCAUAUGAUUUUCAGUAAUGCGAAGCCAAUGUAACACCCUGUUUUUU